AUCAUGGCUGCGAGAAGGAGAACAUGGGGUUUGAAGAGACUGAGCUGAGGCUAGGGUUGCCCGGAGAAGGCGGUGAAGUUGUGAGGAAAAGAGGAUUCUCCGAAACUGUUGAUUUGAAGCUUAACCAGUUAACCUUUCCUCCAAGAAGGACACCUCUGGCAUCGAUCCCAAUGAAGAGAAGGUGACUGGUUUGACCAAGGAGAAGACUCUUCUCCUUUCUGCAACUGAUCCUGCUAAGCUCCUGCCAAAGCGCAAGUUGUGGGAUGGCCACCAGUGCGAUCAUUCCGAAAGAACAUGUUAGCCACCGCCACCCAAAAGAGCAGCAGCGACGAGAGCGGCGGUGAGAAGGCGGCGAUCGUGAAGGUAAGCAUGGACGGUGCGCCUUACCUCCGCAAGGUGGACUUGAGGAUGUACACAAGUUACCACCAACUUUCUGUGGCUUUAGCCAAGAUGUUCAGCUCUUUCACUAUCGGAAACUGUGGAUCCCAAGGAAUGAUGGAUUUCAUGAAUGAGAGCAAGCUUAUGAAUCUCCUUAAUGGCUCUGAUUAUGUUCCUACCUAUGAGGACAAAGAUGGUAUUUGGAUGCUUGUUGGUGAUGUCCCUCGGGAGAUGUUCGUUGAAUCUUGCAAAAGGCUACGCAUAAUGAAAGGAACUGAAUCGGACUUGCACCAAAAGCUGUGGAGAAUUGCAAGAAGAGGAGCUGAUGGGAGGUAA